AUGGACUUUCUCAAGAAGAAGAUGAAGGAGCUGCUCGACGACGACGACAAGCCCAAGGACAAGCCCACCGACUCCUCCACUCCAAGCUCGCAGCCUUCCCACGGUGACUCCCAUGGCGCACCUGGAGGUGCUGCUCCCGGUGACCGCAGUUUGUCCGAUAGCUACUACAGCGGUGGCCAGGGUGGCCCACCUCCUCAGCAGCAACAGUAUGGCCAGCCUCAACAGCAGUAUGGUCAGCCACCACAGCAGUAUGGCGGAGCUCCUCAAGGUUACGGUCAGCCUCCUCAAGGUUACGGCCAGCCUCAGGGCUACGGUCAGCCCCAGGGAUUCCCUCAGCAGUACAACCAAGGUCCCCCGACGCCGCAGGGUCCACCCGCGCCUUACGGUGCUCCUCCUCCAAUGCCGCCUGGCUGGACUCAGCAGUGGGACCAGAGCAGCCAGCGCUGGUUCUACAUCGAGCAGGCCACCGGUCGUACCCAGUGGGAUCCUCCUUCCAACCUUCCUCCUGGUCCCUACGCUCCUCCCGGCCCUAACGCUCCCUACGUUGCUGGAGCUGGUCCCGAUGAGCGUGGUCUCUUUGGCAACACCCACGGACACAGUGGCCAUGACUAUAACACAGCGCCUGGCGCCCCUGCUGACCCCUACAAGGCCGAGACGGAGAAGAAGGACAAGGGCCAUUCUACCGCCAUGCUCGCAGCCGCCGGUAUUGGUGGUUUAGCUGCUGGUGCCUGGAUUGGUCACGAGCUGACCGAGGACUCCGACGACGAGAAGAAGCAGAACUAUGCCCCCGCGGCCGCCGCUGCGGCUCCAGCUGCGUACGCUGCCGCACCUCCUGCCACAGACCCAUACGCCAGCGACCCCUACGCCAACGACCCCUACGGCGACCACGCCUUUGCUCCCCCUCCGCCAGUGCCCACUCACGACGCCGAUGGCAGCUCCAUCUCAAGUAGUGACCGCGAGUCGCUCGAGGAGAAGCGCCAGGAGCUCAUCGAGGCGCAAGAGGAGUAUCAGGAGGAGCUCCAGGAGGCCUACGAUGACUGA